AUGCGCAGCGCUCCCGCGCCCGCCCGCUCCCACGCACGCGCCCGCAGGGCAGCGGCCGCUCCCUUGGAGCGGGAGGCCGCGGGCCGCUCCCCUCGCUCCCGUCCCGCUUACCGGCAGCGCGCCCGCACCGUUACUCACUCCAGGCCCCUGCCCCGGCCCCGCUACAACGACGACGGGAGGUUCCCUCAGGCCAACUCCCAGCACGAGGACUGGAGCGAGGAUCCCAGGGAAGAUUAUCCCGGGGAAAACUUCCCUGGCCCUUCCUACCGAGCCAGCAGCCCCCUGCUCCGGCAGGAGAAUUAUUUCCACGGACACUUGGCCCGCCCCACGCCCAGGGAGCGGGAAUUCAGCCGGGAUUUCGGGCGCCCCGCUGCCCAGAGCCGGGAAUUGGGGCGCGGAGCUGCUGCCGGCAGGGAGUACGGGCAUCACCCCGCUGCUCACAGCCGGGACUACGGGCGGGACAGGGAUUAUGGGCACGGCGGCCAGGACUACGGCCCCUCGGAUUGCUGGGAGGGCAGCGGGCCUCAGGAGCCCGAGUUUGGCUCCUCGGAUGUUUUGGGGGAUUUUAGGUCGCCUGGCUUGAUGGAGGAGGAGUUUGGCAGCGUGGAAAAUCAGGAGUACGAGGAGGAGUUCGGGGCGCCGCUGCACAGGGGGGGCGUGGGCAGGGGGAGAGUCCUGAGGGGGAAACGCCUCACCAGGGGCGUGGUGAAACCCAAAGCGUUCAAAGGAGACGUCAAAAGCCCCCUCAAGAAGUGGAACGUGAAGAAAGCCCAGCCAGGCCUGGAGGCCAAAGCUCUGGAGCAGCCUCUGGACGUUCCCAACCAGAGGCCGGUGCCACUCCAGCAGCACCCCCAGCUGCCCCCCUCACACCCUCUGGCAGCUCAGAGACCCAUCCUGAGGCUGCCAAAGCCUGCCCACGUCUUCAGGAACCUCAGCUUCGACCUGGUGGAUAAAUCUGACAUUUUCUCCACCUUUGGCAUCGAGAUCAUCAAGUGGGCGGGGUUCCACGCCAUCAGGAACGACGCCGAGUUCUCGCGGCUCUUCGGGGCCCUCUUCGAGCUGGAGACCGAGACCUGUGCCAAAAUGUUGGCCUCCUUCAAGUGCUCCCUGAGGCCGGAGCACAGAGAUUAUUGCUUCUUCACCAUCAAGAGCCUGCAGCACGCCGCCCUGAAAACCCCCAAGGUGGACAACGAGUUCUUGAACAUGCUGCUGGACAAGGGGGCCGUGAAAACCAAGAACUGCUUCUUUGAGAUCAUCAAACCUUUUGAUAAAUACAUCAUGAGGCUGCAGGACCGCCUCCUCAAGGGGGUCACCCCGCUGCUGAUGGCCUGCAAUGCCUACGAGCUGAGCAUCAAAACCAAUGGCUUUGGCAACCCCAGGGAAAUGGCCAACGCCUUCGAGACCACCGUGUCCCUGUGCCGAAAGUCCCUGGCUCUGCUGGGCCAGACCUUUGCUCUGGCCUCUGUUUUCAGGCAGGAGAAAAUCCUGGAGGCUGUGGGGCUGCAGGAGAUGGCUCCAGCACCCACGUCCUUCCCGAAUUUCGACGAUUCCACGCUCUUUGGGAGGGAGUACAUUGAGAAUCUGAAGGCCUGGUUGGAGAAGAGUGGGUACCCCAUCCAGAUGAAGAAGGCAGAGGCAGAAUCCACAGAGCAGCUCAAGGCUGCCUCCCCUGACACCAAAGCCCCCCAGCGAGCUGACAGGAAAGUUUUGGACACAAUUGAGCAGCUGGUGGCCAGCAUGGUGUCAGGAACUUUAUCUGCCAAAGACAGGAAUGCUCAGAAGAACUCUCCUGAAUAUUGGUUCCUGUCAGAUGAGGAGAGCCUGGAGUACAAAUAUUUCAGGCUGAGGCUGUCAGAGGCGCAGAGGGCGAGUGUGGCUGAGCAGGGGGCAGCCCCAGAGUCGCUGAGGGCUCUGCUCUACGCCCGCAGGGUGGCCAGCAUCAAGAGGAGACUUUUCAGAAAGCAAAGGAAACGCGCGCCCGUCGCUGUCAGGGGCAGCAGGAGGGCGAGGAGAGCGAGCAGGGGCAGCCAGGCCGUGCUGCCCUCCGGGCCGGGCCUGAAAACGCCCCAAAAAACCCUGCCCGGAACCGGCCCGGCCCUGCCCGGAACCGGCCCGGCCCUGCCCGGAACCGCCAGCCCCGAGACCCCGCCGGGAACGGGACCGGGAACCGAACCGGGGACGGAGCCGGGAACAGAGCCAGGAACCGAGCCGGGAACCGAACCGGGAACGGGACCGGGAACCGAACCGGGAACGGGACCGGGAACCGAGCCGGGAAUGGAACCGGGAAUGGAGGCCGAGCAGCCCCGCGCUUAUUUUUAUUUUGCAGUGGAUGCCAAAACCAUGGAAACUGCAGAGAAACUCGCCAGGUUUGUGGCUCAGGUAGGACCAGAAAUGGAGCAGUUCAGCAUUGACAACAGUGCAGACAAUCCCGAGCUCUGGUUCCUGCAGGACCAGACCAGCGCUGCCUUCCAGUUCUACCGCAGGAAAGUUUUGCAGCUCUGCCCCUCCAUCACCUUCAGCCCCGCGGCUGAGCCCGCCCGGAGCCCCGAGGACGAGGAGGACGAGGAGGAGGAGGAGGAGGAGGAGGAGGAGGAAGAAGAGGAGGAGGAGGAGGAGGAGGAGGAGGAGGAGGGGCGGCCCCGCCCCGCUGACGGCGCUGCCCCCGCUCUGUCGGCACAGGCUCCGGGCGCGCCCUUCCCCCGCAAAAGGGUCAGCAGCAAAUCGCUCAAGGUGGGCAUGAUCCCCGCCCCCAAGAGGAUCUGCCUCAUCGAGGAGCCCAAAGUGCAUGAGCCUGUCAGGAUUGCUUAUGACAGACCCCGGGGCUGCCCUGUCACAAAGAAGAAAAAGAAGGGCAGGGACGUGGAGCUGUCCCAGAAGAGGCUGAGCCCCAGGAACGUGGGGUUCCAGAUGCUGCAGAGGAUGGGCUGGCAGGAGGGGCACGGCCUGGGGAAGGGACACCUGGGACAGUUUGCAGAGAAGUUCCAGGAGGUGAAGGAAGCUGCUCGAGUGGCCAGGGAGAAAAGCCAGGAUAAAACAGAACUGACCAACCCUGCCCUGAGCAUCACAGCCCAGCAGGUGCUGCCCGGGCCCGUGCUGGGCUCCAAUGGCCCCGAGGAGAAAUUGUUCCGCAGCCAGAGCGCCGACCUGGAGAGCGGCACCGACCGCGAGCGCCUCCGCAAGAUGCUCUCGGAGGGCUCGGUCACCGAGGUGCAGUGGGAGGCCGAAUUUUUCAGCCUCCAGGACAACAACUCGAGGCUGGUGGCCGCCCUGCACGAGGCCAACGCCAGCGUGGAGCAGUGGAAGAAGCAGCUGGCAGCGUACCAGGAGGAGACAGAGACCCUGAGGCACAGGGUGGCAGAGCUGGAGUCCCAGGGCACUCAGGAUUCCUCCAGUGACAACAACAAGGAGGAGCUGGGCCAGAGCCUGGAGGAGCUGGAGCUGCUGCUCAAGGCCAAGGACGAGGAGCUGGAGGCCCGGAACGCCGAUCUGGAGCAGAGGCUGAGCGCGGCCGAGCAGAGCCUGGCCGAGAGCCGAGCCCAGAGCGAGCGGAGCCAGAGCGAGCUGGGCCGGCUGGGCGAGAUCCUGGACCUCAAAAUCUUCGAGCUCAGCGAGCUCCGGCAGGGCCUGGCCAAGCUGGUGGAGAGCAACUGAG